AUGGAUUGGGAGCAAUUCACGAUGGGCAAGAAGCGCUUUGGGAUUCAUUCCCCCCAGAAGCGGGUAAUCAUAUCGACUCUGAGUGGCCCCCUAUUUCCAGGCUCUGCACAAAGCCAACAGGGUACGCACAAUAUCCCUCACCCCUCCUUCGAAUUUCCGCCGUAUCAGCCAUUUACCUUUGUAUUUGUUCUAGUCCCGCCACAGCUUGGAAGGAUUAAUUGUAUGUUACCUAUAUCUCCCCGAAAUAGAUGUACGAAUCGCGAAGUCAAGGUGGAAGGAUCAUUUUAA